GCAAUCAUACCGCAGCAGAGGAGAGCAGUUGACAGCAGCCUGACAGCAGUUUGCACCGAAACGCCCCGAGCGCUCACAUCCUGCCCCAGGCACCAUGAGCAAGCGGAAGCUUAGCUUUAAGUGGUUUGGGACCAUUUCCCGCUUCUCGUUUCGUCGCUCGUCGGACAAAUCGCAGGACGCAUUAACCCUGAGGCAUCAUGGGAGUCUGUGUGAAACAUCCACGGAGGAAAAGUCAGUCGACGACAUGGACAUGUGCCCGCAGAACGGCAGCUAUGCCCGCUCCAGCGAUAAUUACACCCACAUAGGCACCUUGCCUCGCUUCCUGCUGAGGAAGAACAAGGACUCCAAGAAGAACAAGGCAAAGUCAGAGCUGAGGAGGAACCAGAGCCAAAGGCAGCCGGCCGACUAUGUUUGUGACUCGCCCUUACUCAGUGCCCUGUCAAGCCAGGGCGCUCCUACAGUAGAGCCGCUCUUCUCCACGUCCAGGCCAGACCAAGCUAAUCCCACACAGAGUGCCCCUGCUGAGCCCACAGAAUCCCCUUCACCAGUCAAUCCAGCCGCCUCUCGAUCAAACCCACCUGUUUCUCCUACUUCUUCAAGUCAACCAGCACUGGCAGAGAGUACGGAGGAAUGCACCACAAACUGGGCCCUCACGAGCAGCACACCAAAAUCAAACCUCAGCCCAACCCUGAAGUCUUCCUCUGAGUCCAGCGGUUUACCUAGGAAAGUGUCAUGUGACUCUAUCCUGAAGGAGGAGAGUCAGCAGGAUGGGUCCCCCCCGCCGGCCCCCAGGCCCUUCAACAGACACCUGGAUCCCAUGGAAAACUAUGUGCAGUUCUCCAAGGAGAAGUAUCUGCUGGACUCUCCACCUGAGAAGCUGAGGCGGGAGCUGGAGGAGGAGCUGAAGCUGAGCGGCAGUGACCUGCGGAGUCAUGGCUGGUACCAUGGCCCUGUCCCACGAGAGGUGUCAGAGACGCUGGUCCUGAGGAACGGCGACUUCUUGAUCCGUGACUGUCUGACCAAUGCGGGAGACUACGUCCUGACCUGCCGCUGGAACCAUGAGGCGCUGCACUUCAAGAUCACCAAGGUUCUGAUCAAGUCCAGCGAGUCGCGCGUCCAAUACCUGCUGGAGCAGGAGAGCUUCGACUCGGUGCCGGCCCUGGUGUGUUUCUACAUGAGCCAAAGGCGACCCGUGUCCCUGCAGAGCAGUGCCCAGAUCUACUGCCCCAUCAACCGCACCCUACCCCUGCGCUACCUGGAGGCCACUUUUGCCCUGGCCAAUGGCAGGAAAGGCUCCGCCCACUCUCCGUCCAACCAGAGAGGGGCCUACAUUAAGAGGCGGAGCGUCACCAUGACAGAUGGCUUGACAACAGAAAAGAUCAUACCUCACAGCCCUUCCACACUCCACCAUAAGGAGGCAAUGAGGAACUGUGCCCUUAGUAUGGACCAGAUCCAGGAGUUUCGCUGCCCUCUCUCCCCUGUUGGAGAAGCUCCCUUAUCUCCAGCAUACAGCUCAGUUACUAAGCACAGGAACACCAUGGGGGUUAAGGUGCUGGAAGUCGUGCCUUCAUCUCCCGUCCUCAGGCGCUCCAGCGAGCCCCAGCUAAGCCCCUCCUCCAGCACCAACGCGCCCCUCCAGGAGCCGGCCUCCGGCGACCACCCCCCCACCGUCCACGGCUACCUCUCCGACGCGGCGGGCGGCAGCUACUGCGAGCUCCACCCCACCCCGUCCCCCUCCCCAGCACCACCCCCCAAGAGCUACGUGGAGCGCUUGCGCGUGGAAGAGGGCCGGACCGCGCACCCCGGCAAGGAGGACGGGAGCGAGCCCUUCACGGCGCCCCUGGUGGAGACGGUCUCCUCGUUCAAUCCGAGCAAAUACCACUCGGCGCUGAUGGGCGCCGAGAACAAGCCACUGGAGAUGGGCAUCCUGAAGCGGGUGAAGGAGUUGCUGGGAGAGGCAGACGCCAAGACGGCCGCCAAGCACAUCACCAAGGCCGACUGCACGGUUGCUAGGAUACUAGGUGUUACCAAGGAGAUGCAGAAGAUGAUGGGGGUAGGCUCCGGACUGGAGCUGCUGACUCUUCCGCAUGGACACCAACUCCGCCUCGACCUGCUGGAAAGGUUUUACACCAUGUCCAUCAUGGUGGCGGUGGACCUGCUGGGAUGCACAGGCAGCACGGAAGAGCGGGCCAGUCUCCUGCACAAGACCAUCCAGCUUGCCGCCGAGCUCAAGAGUGGCCUGGGCAACAUGUUCGGCUUCGCCGCAGUGAUGCGGGCACUGGAACUGCCACAGAUCUCGCGGCUGCAGCAGACCUGGUCGGCAUUACGGCAGAGGCACACAGAGGGCGCCAUUCUGUACGAGAAGAAGCUGAAGCCUUUCAUGAAGAACAUGAACGACGGCAAAGAGAGCUGUGCCCUCUCCAGCACCUCCUUUCCUCACAUCAUCCCUCUGCUGUCCCUCCUGGAGAAGGGGAUGGUGGUUAUCGAGGGGGCGGAGCCAUGGGAGAGCACGGAAACGGGAGUCGACGUGGUGAUGAGUCACCUGGAGGCGGCACGUACCAUCGCGCACCAUGGGGGGAUCUAUUGCACCAAUGCGGAGACCAAGCUGCAAGGUUUCCAAGAGAGAGAAGACUUGCUGGAGGUCUUCUGCACAGAGUUCCAGAUGAGGCUGCUCUGGGGCAGCCGGGGAGCUGAAGGUAGCCAGGCCGAGCGCUACGACAAGUUCGACAAGGUCUUGACGGCCCUGUCCAACAAGUUGGAACCACCAGUGAAACACAGUGAACUAUAGUGGCAAUACAGCGCCUUCAUGUGGCAGAACAGAGCUUCUCCCCCCUCACUGGUGUGCCCCUGGAUGGGUCCAGUGUCUGAGAUGGGGAGCCCAAAGACAAUAUCGACUUGUGGCAAAAAGAAGCAACUUCGGUUUUGUAUCCCUAAAUGAAGCAGAAUAAGUCAAAGUCUCCUUUAGGAACAACGUUUAUCUGUCUGAAAGAUCAGCAUUCAAGUGAGAGGGAAAAGGGAGGACCUUCACCCGCUGUGCAGAGGCAAGAAUUCCUGUAAAUACUGUAAACGUGUUCGAGUUUCAUCCGCCUGUCUCCAGAACACAUCGGGGCUGUGCGUACUCUCGUCAGAGCUCUCAAAGCAUCUCGCCAUUCCUGUGCUCGUCGGGGGGGGGAAAAAAAUGCAGUGUCGCCAUUUCAUUUGCUUCUGAAUCCAGGCCUGUCAGAAGCAGGUGGAACGCAGUUUAUGCAGGAUCAGCGCGGCGUUCCCUCAGAGAAAGAGCACUGCUCUGUUGCAAGCUUGCAUGGGCUGCAUUUGCCCCCCGCUGUGGUACGGCUUGCCGGUUGCUGUUCCAGAUAUAGCCCUUACCUUACACAUGCAGACACACGCUGACAGACCUCAGAAACUUUGAAUGUAUGUUGCCAAACUUACUCUGCGUCUCUUGGGCUUUUCUGAUUACCAUUUCACACGGUUCAGGGUUCUGUGUUUGCUGUAUGGAGCUGGAUCUUAUUAGCAUUCAGAAACUCUGCUCUGAACAGCUCUCUCUGCUCUUCCUCCAGCUUAGUUCUAGUAGUAUGUUUACCCCACGUGACCCAACUCCGAAACUUGCACAAAACAAAUACUGUUCUCCUGUCUCAGGAUCCCCGCACCCCCCCCCCCCCGAAAAUGUCUUGUGUCCCCUUGAGUUCCUUCAAAAACCUUCUUUUGCCCUGCCUGUAAAUGACUGUACAGUUUAUUAUGAUCCAUUCAGCCUAUUAUAAUGGUGUGUGUGUGUUUUUCCAAAGCCUGUGUGGACAUUCCACUCCAUUCCAUUCCACUCCACUCCAUUCCACUCCACUCCAUUCAAUUCCAUUCCACUCUGCAUUCCCCUACGUGACCUUGACAGGCAUUGCCGACAUGACACAUCUUACUUGUGCAGUUUUGUCCAAGUUAUAAGCCAAUGUGAAUGUGAUUCUUGCACAACUGAAAUAUACGACAGGGAUUCGUGGGAGUCCACAGACAACCUUGGGGAAUGAGUUGCUCUGAUUGAUUGGAUUUAUUUUUUCCCUCUCAGUUUCAUUGCAGUCGAACUCCCUGGGUUCUUAGUAGUCAUCUGUGUACACAUCAUACACAGUGAUAGAACAGAGGUGUUCAUAUCAGAAGCUGGUCUAACAGGGGAUCUUUAUGGAACAAAGGAUGGAGUGUGUUGGGGUGGGAUGAGAUCUAGAUGGAAGGAGUGGAGUCUGCACACAAAGCCACACCCUCCUUCCUCUGCGUUCCACCCCCGCUAAGUUCUCAUCCUUUCCAUGUGGGUUUCAAAACAUGAACUCAUUUUCUAUUCAUGUGUGCCAAUGAAUUUUGAUUUGGCUCAAACAGAAUAUGAUAUAUCCACUUGGAGAUUAACUAAAAAUGGACCACCACUUCAGCUGGGGUUGCCAGUGUGGAGAGAUGCAGGACCGAAUCCCCCAGCCGCUGCUGGGAGGUUGCCAGGAGUUGCCAGGUGUCACGGGGGUGUUGGCCAAGAUGUCACAAGUGUCCCGCGCAUGUCAUUUUCCCCCUCGGUCACUCGACACCUGCACUGGGUUGCACAGAAUCCCAAGCAUUUACUUCCUGUUGUAAAUAAUCAUUCUUAAAUAAUUUCCUACAUAUGUCAUAUUUUUUUCAACUGUGUUUCUUUUUCAAGAAAUAAAACAUUGUUUGCUUGUGUCA